AUGGCAAGAAAGAGCAAGGGUAGGCAAAAGAUUGAAAUGACAAGAAUGUCAAAAGAAAGCAACUUACUUGUUACUUUCUCAAAGCGCCGCUCUGGCCUUUUCAAGAAGGCUUAUGAACUCCACACACUUUGUGGUGCUGAAAUUGCAAUAAUCGUUUUCUCCCCAGGGAAAAAGGUUUUCUCCUAUGGCCAUCCUUGCCUUUACUCCAUCAUCGAUCGUUUCGUAACCGGAAAAGCUGGCCCGAGUUCGAGCAGUUCGCAAAUUGUUGAGGCACACAGGGCAGCGAGCAUUCGCGAACUCAACAUGCAAUUGACUGAAAUGCUUAAUCAGUUAGACGCUGAGAGAAAGCGUGGUGAGGAGCUGAUCAAACUGAGGACAGCGAGUCAAGGAAGAUGCUGGUGGGAGGCUCCGGUUAAUGAUCUUGGACUUCAAGAACUGGAGCAACUAAAGGCGGCCAUGGAGGAGCUGAAGAAGAAUGUGGCCAAUCAGGCAGAGAAGUUGAUGGUGGAGGCUUCCAACGCGACUGCGUUUCUUGGGUCAUCGAGUUCCAAGGGAGGAGGCCAUGUUGGUCCAAGUAACAUUGACGCUAAGGUUCCUCCUCCUGGUCUGGGACUUUCUAUGACUCCUCAUGGAAAUCCUCAGCCAAACUCGAGUGCACUCCACCUCGUUGGGGCUCACAGGAAUGCCAGUAGUGUCCGGGAGCUCAACUUGCAGCUCACUCAAAUUCUCAGUGAAUUAGAAGUUGAGAAGAAAAGAGGCGAGGCAUUUGAUCUCAUGAGAAAAGCCAGCCAAAAUUCUUCUUCUUCUUCAACUAAUUUGGGCUUAAAUAAUAGCGGUGAUAUCAAUCCCGGCGUGACUGCAGUUGGUUGUGAUGAUAUGUUCUUCAAUCAGACGACGACUGAAUACUGCAACAACUGCAUCGUUCCUUAUGGUUCUGAUGACUUCGGAAAUUCUCUGCAGGUUUGA